UGAAGAAUAUGAGAGACAAUAUAGGUGUGUUUUAGUGAGAAAAUAGUAAGAUUACUGUCUCUCUCUUUUCUUUUCUCAGAGCCUGAUGAUGUGAGGCUGGUGGGAGGAGGCAGUCGCUGUGCUGGUGUAGUGGAGUGGUACGACCAGGGAGAGUGGAGGACUGUGGGAGCUGGAGACUGGGACCAGAGGGAUGUAGCUGCAGUAGUGUGUAGACAGAUGGGUUGUGGCUCCACUCUUUCAGUUCUUCCUGGAAACACCACUAGAGGGUUUGGAGUUACAUGUUAUGGGCCUGAGUCUUCACUGAGGGAGUGUUUUAGAAGUUAUGAUCUCCUUCCUGGACUCACAGUGAUCUGCUCAGAUCUCCUGGUCCAGCCUGAUAUCUUCCUGACUGACUCAAUGGGAGGGGUCUCCAGGGGCCACCAGGGGCCCGAGGUGUUCAGGGGCUACAACUUCACCAUCACCUGCUCCACUCAGCCACAGUACCCAGGAGGCUCCUUCCUCCUCACGUUCACCGGCUCCACCAGAACCCAGACCCAGCCAGCUGUCAAUCACUCUGCUGCCUUCCUCUUCCCUGCUGCAGAUGACUCCCACCAAGGGAACUACAUCUGUGUUUAUGAGAAUUAUGUUUUCUCUCAUAACUUCUCCUCUGAGAGUGAGCUCCUCUCCCUCACCAUCACAGCCUCUCCUCUGCCAGCCUUCAUCAUCAGACACGUUGUAGUGCUGCUGAUCCUACUGACAGCCAUCACCAUCUCCUACCUGUACUACAAGCCCACCAGGAGGCAGAAGAGAGUGAACAGGGUGAGCAGCAUGGAUCUUUAUGUCAAUGCCAUGGAGAUGGUCUCUCUGAGCUCCAGAGCUGAAGCUGGACCGGGAGAGGAGAGAGCAGCCCAGGGGACGGAGUAGGAGUAGAAUGAAUCUGACUCUACAUGCUGAUCUUAGGUCAGUUUUGUGUUUUAAAUCGAUGGUCAGCAGUGGACUGGUGUUUAAAAUGUGGUGACAAACCUGAAGUGGUUCUAAUUUUAAUAACAAGUUCAGAAUUAGUUUCUCUUUCUAGAACCUUGGAAUAAAUCUAAAAGGAGUGACUGCAACCACCAUUAUUAAUUUAGUUUGGUUUUUACCACCAGAGUAACA